AUGGCCAUCACGUCUUCACUGAUCUGGUCAGCGCUUUUAACAGGAGCCGGAACGGUUGAUACAUGGACGGCCGGUUCCAUCGAUGUCACCAAGGCUCUAGUUGUGGUUGAGGUUGAUGCUUCAUCUUCGAUCCGAGAUUUGAUCUCGAAUUCGUUUGAACUUGCAUCGGCCCAUGUUUCUUCUUCUUCCACAUCACAAUCAGUAACCGAUGAUUGUGGAGUGAAUCGACCUUACGAAUGUCGAUGCGUUGAAAGAAAGAAGUUGCUCGAGACCCUGGCCAAGGAACUUCCAUACGGAACCAUUAGAUUCUCAUCAAAGCUUCUUUCCAUUCAUCAUCAACAAUCUACGGGUUUCAAAUCAGCGAUUAGGGGUCUCGUUCAAUCUCCCCCUGAUGGAGGAGGACAUGGGUUAGAACCCAGAUUCCACGUCUACUUUGGCGGUGGUGUGCGUUUCGGGUUUGUUCCCUGUGGUAAUGAGGAAGAGUUUGAGGAAGGCGAAGCGAUGAAGAUGAAACAAUUUGUGCUGAACAAGGCUAGGAACGCCCCAAAGGAAAUGCUGACGGUGGUGGAGAGGAUAGGUCUAGAUGCGAUCUCGUGUUCAGAGCUGAAAUUGAGGCCGUCAUGGAAUUUAUUGAGAGGUAAUAUUGUGAAAGACAGUGUUUUCAUUGUCGGGGAUGCUCUUCAUCCUAAUGCUCCUGACAUAGGUCAAGACGCUUGUUUUUCUCUCGAGGAUAGAGUGAUACUUGCAAGGUGCAUCGGGGAAGAUAUGAUGAUGAAGAAAAAAGAUUAUGAUAAAUUUUUUGGCGGACUCGCGUACAUGAUGGGUGUGAUCCAAGAGAGCGGCGGGAAGGUGAUGAGUUUUCUGAGGGAACCAGUUUACUCAAUUUUUCCAUGA